AUGUUUAGAAAGUCAAUUAUCCCGUUGGUUUUGGCAUUGAUAACUACGCUAAAUAGUAUCUGCGCUGCGAGCUCGUCAAACACGUAUGCUCCUGUCGCUAUCACACUUCCGGCAUUUACAAAGGAAUGCUUGUACUACGACCUGUUGUCUCACGAGGACUCCAUUGUAGUGAGUUACCAAGUUUUGACCGGUGGUAAUUUUGAAAUCGACUUCGAGAUCACUGCCCCAGAUCACAGCGUUAUCACCACUGCCAAGCAGCAGAAAUAUUCCGAUUUUCUUUUGAAAUCUUUCGGAUUGGGACAAUACUCGUUCUGUUUCUCGAACACGUACGGCACAGCGUUGAAAAAGGUUGAAGUGACCCUGGAGCUUGAGAAGGAAAACUUGGCCGCACACCACAACCCUGAAGAUGCCAUUUCGGACCACGCUGUCGAGGAAAUUGACCGCAACCUAAACAAAAUCACCAAAAUGAUGAACUACCUCAGAGCGAGAGAAUGGAGAAACAUGGACACCGUGAAAUCCACCGAAAGCAGACUCGUCUGGCUAUCCAUGCUCACGAUGGGUUGUAUGGCAGGUGUCAGUUUCAUUCAGGCCGCUAUUGUCCAAGUCCUUUUCAAGGAUCGCCAAAGAAACUACGUAUAA